GACCGCCGCAGGAAGAGCCGGUUCCUGCACUCCCUCCGCCCCCUUCCCUCGCCUUCUGCUGACGCCGACGUCAGAUGAGGGAGCUGGAGGGACGCUCGGAUCGCUGCCGGGAGGCUCCUAGCGGCCGGGGCUCCGAGGUUAUAAUAUAACUUAUCCUCUCAUGCUUUUUCCCUGUCCCUUCUCCCCAAAUCAUCAACAGUAGAAAAAGAAGAAGAAGGAAACAUGUCAGGACACAAAUGCAGUUAUCCCUGGGAUUUACACGAUCGAUAUGCUCAAGAUAAAUCAGUUGUAAAUAAGAUGCAGCAGAAGUAUUGGGAAACGAAGCAGGCCUUUAUUAAAGCCACAGGGAAGAAGGAAGACGAACACGUCGUUGCCUCCGACGCAGACCUGGAUGCCAAGCUGGAGCUGUUUCACUCGAUUCAGAGAACCUGUCUGGACUUGUCUAAAGCAAUUGUACUCUAUCAAAAGAGAAUCUGUUUCUUGUCUCAAGAAGAAAACGAACUGGGAAAAUUUCUCCGAUCCCAAGGCUUCCAAGAUAAAACCAGAGCAGGAAAAAUGAUGCAAGCGACAGGAAAGGCCCUCUGCUUUUCUUCCCAGCAAAGGUUGGCCUUGCGAAAUCCUUUGUGUCGCUUUCACCAAGAAGUGGAGACUUUUCGGCAUCGGGCCAUCUCGGACACUUGGCUGACUGUGAACCGCAUGGAGCAGUGCCGGACUGAAUACAGAGGGGCAUUAUUAUGGAUGAAGGACGUGUCCCAGGAGCUUGAUCCAGACCUCUACAAGCAAAUGGAGAAGUUCAGGAAGGUGCAAACACAAGUUCGCCUUGCCAAAAAAAGCUUUGACAAAUUGAAGAUGGAUGUGUGUCAAAAAGUGGAUCUUCUGGGAGCGAGCAGAUGCAAUCUCUUGUCUCAUAUGCUAGCAACAUACCAGACCACUCUGCUCCAUUUUUGGGAGAAAACUUCUCACACUAUGGCAGCCAUCCAUGAGAGCUUCAAAGGUUAUCAGCCAUAUGAAUUCACUACGUUAAAGAGCUUACAAGACCCUAUGAAAAAGCUGGUUGAGAAAGAAGAGAGGAAGAGGAUCGCCCAGCAGGAAAGUGCAGAGGCCUCAGUGGAGGAGCCAAGUCAGUUAAUUUCAUUAGAGGAUGAAAACCAGCACAAGGAAUCCUCUAGUUUUAAGACUGAAGAUGGAAAAAGUGUUUUAUCUGCCUUAGACAAAAGCUCUAUACAUAAUGCAUGCUCAGAUGAACUAUUAGACAUGAAACUCGAGGAAGGUGCUUGCCUGGGCCCAAUGGCAGGGACCCCGGAACCUGAAGGUGCUGACAAAGAUGACCUGCUGCUGUUGAGUGAAAUCUUCAACGCUUCCUCCCUGGAAGAGGGCGAGUUCAGCAAAGAGUGGGCUGCUGUGUUUGGAGACGGUCGGCUGAAGGAGCCAGCACCCACUGCGGCCCCAGGAGAGCCAGACCCCAAGCCCCAGACAGGCUCAGGAUUCCUUCCUUCACAGCUUCUAGAUCAAAAUAUGAAAGACUUACAGGCCUCACUGGAAGGCUUGUCAGAGAGCAAUGUCAAUCCUACUUCUCCUCCAUGGCUAGCACCAAAGGCAAGCAGUCCAAAUGGCAGUAGCCCUGCAGUGAAAGAGCCUGCCAAGCCCUCCUCGGACCUGACUGCCUGGUUCAGCCUUUUCGCCGAUCUCGACCCAUUAUCAAAUCCUGAUGCUGUUGGGAAAACCGACAAAGAACAUGAAUUGCUGAAUGCAUGAGUCUGCAGCCUCCAGGAAGGAGCCCACAAGCGGCUGCAAAUCAGCACACCCCGGGGCUUGCAGAUGUAGGAAGUGAUCAGUAUGCUGUUUUAAUAUUUACGUGCCAUUUUAAUAAAAUGAAAGGGUCAAAGGCCCUGUUUAUAUUGGUAUAA